AGUGUUGUGAGUUGUGAGGUAAUAUUUUUUGUCACAUUUGCAUUUUUAUUACUUUUGUAUUAAGUUAAAAUGGUGACAUCAUUCUAUUAUUAUGUUGAAUUUGUACAAUAAGAAACGAUGUUAUUCAACUAAAAUGCUUUUAUCGAUUUUAACCUAAAUUCACAAUGAUUCACUGUAUUAAAUAAAAUGUGUUCAAUAUCGGUUUAGUUAAAUACUUACACAAAAGAUUAUGUGGAGGAAAAUAAACCUCAAACCUGUACAACCCGAGAAACUACAAAUCCAGUUAACACAUUUCAAACAAAAAUCCAAUUGGGACUGUGGAGUAUCAUGUGUGUUAAUGGUGUUGCCGAAGGUGAAAAGAGAAGAGUUCUUAAACAAUUUUUCGCAAAUAUGUAAAAGCGAAGGCUUUAAUAAAAGUACAUGGACAAUAGAUCUCUGUUAUUUACUGAAAAAAUUUCAAGUGCCACAUAUAUUUUAUACAAUAACUUUAGGAGUUCAUGAAGGGUACAGAGAAAAUAGUUUUUAUAAUACAAUAUUAAGUAAGGACGAACAUCGGAUUAACGCGAGAUUCAAAGAGGCUGAAAACGUAGGAAUAGUAGUGAGGAAACAAUCUGUGUCAAUGUUGGAAAUAAUAAGUCAUCUCACGAAUGGCCCUGUGAUAGUAUUAACGAACGCAAAAAUUCUAAGCUGUGAUAUUUGCAAAUUCAAUAAAAUCUCCAGAGAAUUUAGAAAAUGCAUUCCUUGGCCAGCCCCAUACCAAGGGCAUUACGUAGUUUUAUGCGGUUUUGAUAUUCAUAACGAGAAACUUUUUUAUAGGAAUCCCUCGUUCAAUGAUCAUGUAUGUGUUAUACCAAUGGAGAUAUUCGAUUUAGCUCGCAAAAGUUAUGGGACUGACGAAGACAUAAUUUUCACCUACACGUAAAAUAAUUCAAAAAUAAUAUCUAAUAAUUACUGCCGAUAUGUGCCGUAUAUCAUUUAUACAGUGUGGACAAACCAAAUAAAAAAAUUUUAUGGUAAAAUUUAAUAUGAUCCUUUAAUUCAAAUUUUUUCGAAUGACAUGUACAAACUUUUCUUUUUUUCGUAUAUACAUGGCAAGUUACUUCAAAAUUGAGCAAUACAUUUACAUUUAAGAUUUCAUUUUGCUUUUUCCAAACUGUAUAUAAGUAUUUAUAAGUUUUUUCAAUUUUUUUGUACUUAAACUGUAUUUUUAAGUUGUUAUAGUUCAAAAAUAUAUAAUAAAAAGUC